GACCAAGAUCAGUAAAUGUUCGGAUUUCUUGAUCAAUCAAGGAUGUAGCUGGAAUUCGGAAGCACAUCUAUGUAUAGUUGCAGGGGCGAGGUUGUAGCCAUAUGCCAUCAAGACCAGUUCCAGCGACAACCUGCUGUCAGUUGGCUUGUCGGCAGCGAACAAGAGCUAUCCAUCAAUGUCUCUGAUGGCCAGAGACAGUGCCUCACCGCGCCGAAUAAGCCGGUAUAUUUUGGCAGUAAUUACUCUUUUUAUGAGGAUUCGCUUUUAAGUAGCGGCUCCUGCAACAAGGAUUAGCUCCUACCCAGCUGGUGCUGUGCGGUUCUUGCCGCUUCGCAACGCUUAGCCGAG